AUACGGAAGAAUUAAAAGAUUGCUAUAAUGAAGAUGAAAAGAAUCUAUUUUUAGAAGAUGUAAAAAAAAAAAAAAAAAGUUAUAAAUUAAUUGUAUGGAUACAAAUACAUAUGAUGAUAUUAGAAAGAUUAAAAGAAGAUGAAUGUUUAGCAAACAAACGUUUAUUUAUUGAUGUAUGUAUAGAACUAAUAAAAAAAGGACAUUUAUGUAAAAAUAAUGUAAUAAUAAUAGAAAUGUUAAAUAAAUUAAAAAAUGAUAUGUAUAAUUCGUUCUUAUAUUUGUUACCACAAGAAAAUCAUGAUAAAAAAAAAGAAGAGUGGUAUAAACAAUUAAAUAAAUAUUGGAUGUAUAAGGAAAGUACAUAUUUUAAUUUCUUAGGACAAAAAGAUAAUGAUGAAACCAUUCAUGAUAUAAUAAAAGAAUCCAUGAUAAGUGUUUAUGAUAAUAUGUUUAUAAAAAAUUAUGAUGAUCAAAAAUUUCAGUGGAUUGAUGAGGAUAACGAAAAAGAUUGGUUAAAAUGUGCAAAUGUAAAAAAGGAAGAAAUAUUCAGUCAUAAUAUAUGUGAAUAUAAACAUUUGAAGGAUAUAAAAAGGGAUGUACCAAAUGAGACGUCUUUCUUACUAAGUAAUAAUAAAACUAUUGUGGAGAAACAACAAGAUGAUGUUAUAGAUAUAUCGAAAAGUGAAUUACCUAUGUGUAAUAAAAUAAUGAUAGAAAAUAAAAUGAGUAUAUUAAGGGACAUUUAUAAAACAAAAGAAAUCUUGACAUUUUAUUCGGAAGAAAUGUAA